CAAAAUAACCUCACAGCACUAAUAGCAGACUCUGAGAAGCCACCCCUUCUCUCCUGGAGCCCCUUUCUGCACACCCCUUCUAAGUAAUUUCUAACCUUUUGUUGACUCACAGAAAGAAGAAUAGAAGUUACUGGCGUUUGUAGUAACAGGAUGAGAAAGUACGAGACUUCCUGUUGUGUGUGUGUGACAGCUGGUGAUAAGUGGAGGACUCUGCACAGGAAAUCCGCUCAGCUUCUGCAAUGUGACCUGCCUGAAGCUUGGGCGCUCCUUCAGUCUGAAUGUUGAUGGCAGGACAAAGGGGCGCCUGGACCAUGGGCGACGUGGUAGAGAAGAGUUUGGAAGGGCCUCUGGCACCUUCUACAGAUGAGCCCUCCCAGAAGAAGGGAGACCUGGUAGAAAUCUUAAAUGGGGAUAAGGUAAAAUUCGAUGACACAGGACUCUCCUUAAUCCUGCAGAAUGGCCUGGACACCCUCCGUGUGGAAAAUGCUCUGACUGAUGUCAUCUUGUGUGUGGACAUUCAGGAAUUCUCCUGCCACCGCGUGGUGCUUGCUGCGGCCAGCAACUAUUUCAGGGCCAUGUUCUGCAAUGAUUUAAAGGAAAAGUAUGAGAAGAGGAUCAUUAUCAAAGGGGUCGAUGCUGAGACCAUGCACACUCUUCUGGACUACACCUACACCAGCAAGGCGCUGAUCACCAAGCAGAAUGUGCAGCGGGUCCUGGAAGCUGCUAACCUCUUUCAGUUCCUGCGGAUGGUGGAUGCCUGUGCCAGCUUCCUAACAGAAGCCUUGAACCCCGAAAACUGUGUUGGAAUACUGAGGCUGGCGGACACACACUCCUUGGACAGUCUGAAGAAGCAGGUUCAAAACUACAUCAUUCAAAACUUUGUGCAGAUUCUGAACUCUGAGGAGUUCCUCGAACUUCCUGUGGAUACUCUGUACCACAUCUUGAAGAGUGAUGACCUCUAUGUAACUGAGGAGGCUCAGGUGUUUGAGACUGUGAUGAGCUGGGUCCGGCACAAACAGUCAGAACGACUCUGCUUGCUUCCCUAUGUCCUUGAGAAUGUGCGCUUGCCACUUCUGGACCCGUGGUACUUUGUGGAGACGGUGGAGGCAGAUCCUCUUAUCAGACAGUGCCCAGAGGUCUUCCCACUGCUUCAGGAAGCCAGGAUGUACCACCUUUCAGGCAAUGAGAUCAUUUCGGAGCGCACCAAGCCCAGGAUGCAUGAGUUUCAGUCUGAGGUAUUCAUGAUCAUUGGUGGCUGCACGAAGGAUGAACGGUUUGUGGCGGAGGUUACCUGCCUGGACCCCCUGCGGCGCAGCCGCCUGGAGGUGGCCAAGCUCCCCAUGACGGAGCAUGAGCUGGAGAGUGAUAAUAAGAAGUGGGUGGAAUUUGCAUGCGUGACAUUAAAAAAUGAGGUCUACAUCUCAGGUGGCAAAGAAACACAGCACGAUGUUUGGAAAUAUAAUUCUUCAAUCAACAAAUGGAUUCAAAUUGAGUAUUUGAACAUAGGCCGCUGGAGGCAUAAGAUGGUGGUGUUAGGUGGCAAGGUCUAUGUGAUUGGAGGUUUUGAUGGCUUGCAGAGGAUCAACAACGUGGAGACCUAUGACCCCUUCCAUAACUGCUGGUCAGAGGCAGCACCCCUUCUCGUCCACGUCAGUUCCUUCGCAGCCACCAGCCACAAGAAGAAGCUCUAUGUGAUUGGGGGCGGACCCAAUGGGAAACUGGCCACAGACAAGACUCAGUGUUAUGACCCUUCAACUAAUAAAUGGAGUUUAAAGUCGUCCAUGCCAGUGGAGGCUAAAUGCAUCAAUGCAGUCAGUUUCCGGGAUCGCAUCUAUGUUGUUGGAGGGGCCAUGAGAGCGCUGUACGCCUACAGCCCCCUGGAGGACAGCUGGUGCCUGGUGACCCAGCUCAGCCACGAGAGGGCCAGCUGCGGCAUCUCGCCCUGCAACAACCGCCUCUACAUCACCGGGGGGCGGGACGAGAAGAACGAGGUCAUCGCCACUGUGCUGUGCUGGGACCCUGAGGCCCAGAAACUAACAGAGGAGUGCGUCCUGCCCCGGGGGGUGUCGCACCACGGCAGCGUCACCAUCAGGAAGUCUUACACCCACAUCCGGAGGAUCGUGCCCGGGGCUGUGUCGGUGUGACUGCACGAGGGUGCAGGGCAGGGCCGCGGGGGCUCGGGACCGGGUGCCGGGAGACCUUCCUCCUCAUCUGUCGCCGGGUUCGUGCCACUAAAGACAGCGGGCUGGGCUUGAGCUACAGGCCCUACACCUGGGCUCCCUGUGGCUUCCCGUGGGACUCCUUGGAAAUCACAGCUUUGGGACACUCUAGACCAGCCAGGAAUGUUUGCAUGACCUACCUCAGGAGGAAAGAAGAAGAAUAUUUAACAUUCAGGACACACCUGUCCCAUGUCAGGUUCUGUGCCAGGCACUUGUGUAUAUCAAUUCAUUUAACCAUAAUGACCUGCUGACUGGAUAUUAUCACUUCAGUUUUACAGGCGAGGAAACUGAGUUUCAGAGACGCUAAGGGCUUUGCCCCUGGUCACUCUGAUUGUAAGUAGCUAAGCCAGGAAUCUAAACCCAGGUCUUUUCCAUUGCAAGGUCAGUGGUGUUCUGUCAUGCUGUCUAUCUCCGAGUAGGAAACAAAAACUGGCUCAUUUUUUGUUCUAACAAGUUUGCUAAAGGAUUCACUCAGAAAGGCAGGGAAAUAAAAUUGUUUCUUUUUGUUCUUU